ACACGUUAAUCGUCUUCAUCAACAAACAAACAAACAACGCGCAAUUCCCUAGUUCUCUCGUGACCGCCUUCCCUCCUCUCCUGCGUCCCAACUGGGCAAUUCCCCAAACCUAACUAACCUUUGCCACCGCGGGAGCCACCAUGGGUGGCCAGAUGCCGGACGCCGACGGGAAGGCCCGCUCGGCGGACUCCUCGUCCUCUUACGGGUACCCGCCGUCGGCGCCGCCGCAGCACCAGUACGGCACCUUUGGUCCCCCAUCCGGAGCCUCCGGGGAGUUUCCGCAGCCGGCGGUCGGGUUCCCCCAGCCGGCGGCGCCGCCUGGGAUGCAGCACUACCCGCAGCCUCCUCCGGCGUCGUAUGCCGUCUACCCACCCCCGCAGCAACCCUACUCGGCCGCCGCGCCGUACUACGCCCAAGGCUACCAGAUCGCUCAAGGUUAUAUUCCUGUUGUUGAAGGAAGGCCUGUUAGAAUCCGUCCUCUUCCAUGUUGUGGCCUUGGCAUGGGGUGGUUUCUGUUUAUAAUUGGGUUCUUCUUUGCUGCCAUUCCAUGGUAUCUUGGAGCUUUUGUGCUGAUUUGUGUCCGAGUACGUGAUUACAGGGAGAAACCAGGAUAUGUUGCUUGCACUAUUGCUGCCUCGCUUGCUGCAAUUGCUGUGCUGCUUGGCGCCACAAAAGGAGCGGAGGUGUGGUGAGCAUUAUGCCUUCAAUUACCAGCAGUCCGGUUAAUGUAAAUGUCCGUUGCUCGGCUACUUUGUUACCUGUGUUGUACAUGUGUUGUGCGUACAAAGGAUAGGGUGUAACGAAAAUGAUGUAUGCUCCUAUUUGUAGUUGGACAUAUACAUUUGACAAACGGAGUAGCAUGAAUGCACACCCUCAUUAAUCAUUUGAUGUAAAAUUUACUGGAAUGCCACCAUGUUAUGGUAGUCUGGUCGACAAUAUAUCCAUGAGUACCGUUGAGACCUUUUCGUA